CAUGUGCGAGGCCGUUCAGAUGAGAGGACGUUCUGCCAACCAUUUCUAGCAACGGGACCCUUUUUAGUAAGCUGGAGCGUGAUUGACGCUGCCCAUAGCGUUGCCUAGCUAGUUGUGGUGAAGGAGACGAGGUGCAGCAAUGGACAAAACGUCGAUGUUCGAACGGAAGAGAAGCGCCGAGUCUGUGAUCACCGGGCACGAAGCCAAACGUCCCGCCAUUUUGCGCAAUGGCGCGCGUUCCAUCAACUUAGCCUCUGGUACGUUGAGAGUGAAGCCCAUGAAGCCAUCACCACCGCCCAUGAGGCCUCUCCACACUCCAGCUCUGACGGUAAACACACCGGAAAGAAUGACAAACGGAUUGACAACGUCACCUGUGCAGAAAGCAGAUGGAAAACGGUUUACGGCUAUUUGCGUGGAGAGCAAACUGGAGAACGAAAAGGCACAGAAAGUUCAUUCAGAAACGCAGACACAUGCGUGUUUCGGCUAUAAGCCAAAGGCUAUCACCGACAUCGUAUCAUCAAGAGUAAACGAGGUGUUUGAAUUAUUAUCGAAACCGUUGGCAGAAAGAAUAGCUAGUUUGGAAGAGGAGAACAAACAGCUACAGACGCGGCUGCUACAAGCAAACGAAAGGUUAGCAACAAUUAAGGAAAUGGCCAAUAAAUCAAACAAACAACAGCAAACAGCUUCUAAAUCGUUGAAGCAGUUGUCACCUCAGAGUGAAGUCAUGACUGAACCGAAACUAUCAGAACACAGCAUCCAGGAAGUGGUCACUCCGGUGACUACUAACGUGACCACUACUCCAAGAGUUAUACAACUAUCUCCUCCUUUGACUGCAAACGUGUCUCCAAGUCAGACUACAGCUCCUAAACACGACAGCGUUAACAUGAAGUCGUUGUGCACGGGAGAUGUUAACACGAUAGGAGGAAUGUUGUCUGUACAGCCGUCUGUGAUCUCUCAACAGCGGCAAGUUAUCAGUAUGACACUUUCAACAGUAAACGGACAGACAUUACCUGUGUCAUCUGUGGAGGAAAAACAACACUCGAGUGCAUGCGGAGGAGGAGGCCAGUUUUUGAGUCCGGGAUGUGGUAAUAACUCCGUGAGAAGGACGGAGACGCAAGACACCGUGACUCACACCCAGAAUGUAGACGUCUUGCCAUACAAUCAGUCAGCAGUGCUAGCAGUGGAGACUACUACACAACCUUUGGUGGUAGAUAAGACGUCACACGUUGAUCAAGUGAAUCGAUCCGGCUACUCUACCACUCAAGUCGAUUUGACGUCGCAACCGGACUUUCCACACUGUCGCUCUCCUAAUAAACAACAGCAGUGGACCAACACGUCUACCAAGUUUGAUCAUUCGAAUCAAUAUGAGCAGUCGGUCUCGGCUGUUGCUCGGCCGGACCGUGUUGAUGUCGCACCGUAUACACAGCAUUUGGAGCAGUCUGCCUCUAGCCGUAAUGCUCACACAACACGUGUAGAACUUACAGAGCAACUACCCUCACGCGUAGACUUGACUGUGGUGUCAGAUCGUGUACUCGGCUGGGCACCGACAUCAGUACAACAACAACAGCAGCAGCAGCAGCAGCUUUCACAUCGACCGAACCAACUGACCCAGCAACAUUAUUCUCAAAGAUUUUACCCUCCGCAGAGAAAUCCCUACCCUUUGUACUCGCCUAAUCAACAUUGUCCGCGUCCUCAAUACUCACAGCAGCGCCACAUUCAUCAACCAGCGUACUCGUCGCAUCCAGCCGGUUACAUAACAAACAUCAGAACUACCGCCAAUAUGCCCAAUAGAACGUCAGCUGCAGUUCCUGUCAACCUGUCGAGUUACAGCGUAUACGCUCCGGUAGCAAAUUUUGCUCAUGCUCAACAACCUGUACCUGGGAUGGCAGGAAAUAACAGUUGCAGGACUCUGCUUUCUUCGAACAGUAUUCCCACUCCCGUUGUCUCUUCACACGUAACUCAUUCUGGCAUAGUUUUGCAAUGGACUCUAUCAACCAAUGACUUUCACAAAUCUCAGAUUGUUGAUCGAUAUGAACUGUAUGCUUAUCAAGGCAACUCUCCUCUUACUCCGCAAGGCAGUCAUCCCGAUCCCAAGUGGAAUAAGGUUGGAACAGUGAAAGCCUUACCCUUACCUAUGCAAUGCAUUCUAACUCAGUUUAUGAAAGGGAGGACAUACUAUUUUGUUAUACGUGCUAUUGAUGCUCAAGGACAUCCUGGUGGUUUUAGUAAACGAUGCUUUGUUAAUUUGCCUUAACUGUUUGAAAGAGGGUUGUGUUAAUUAUUGUAGAUUGUUAUCAUUAGAAAUUAUAGUGGAUGUAAGUUGGAUGCUUCCCGCAAUGGGAAUACUAACAUAGAAAACUGCAGUACACAUUAGACCCGCAAUUUUCCAAUCAAAGUAUCUCUUGUAGACGCGUGCUCAUUGACUGUGGUGAUAAGUUGCUGCUUGCGGAAGUUUAUUUUACAGGAGUGUAAGAAUACUAUGCUUUGUGCAAUCAAUUGUAAGUGUACAUUUCUUCACAUUUCUGCGUUCUUUCAGUUUUGAGUGUGCAA